AUGAGUGUCAACAGCAAUUGUAACGUCCAUGACCCCAGGUUCCGCGAAAGCAAGCCAUCGCAAGGGGACUCAUCGCGACCAGUUGCAGAUCUGUUUCGUCUAGAUGGGCGGACCGUCGUCAUAACCGGUGCCAAUGGCUUCCUGGGAACUACGCUGGCUAUAGCCAUUCUCGAAAGUGGAGGCGAUGUGGUAUGUCUCGAUUUACCUCAGGAGCCUACAGCGACGAAUUGGAAGGAGGUCGAAGAUGCCGCAUCGAAAUAUGAUCGCAGUUUAUGCUAUUGGCCUCUGGACGUCACCAAUGAGAAUAUGGUUGCAGAUGUAUUUGCCAAGUUCAUGCCUACACUCCGGUUCCCCCUUCGAGGACUGGUCGUCUGCGCUGGGAUCUCGCGGAAUGGACCUGCCAUUGACUUCCCAAUCUCGACAGUUCGUCAAAUGCUAGACGUCAAUGUCAGUGAAGCAUUCCUGGCGGCCCAGGCAGCUGCCUGGGAGAUGAGGCAAGCAGAUGUCAGCGGUAGCAUUGUAUUAGUCGCUAGUAUGAGUGGCUACGUAUCGAACAAGGGUGUCGACACGGCGGGAUAUAACGCCUCCAAAGCUGCAGUACAGCAGCUGGCACGAUCGUUGGCAGCGGAGUGGGGUUCGCGAAAGGGUAUGCCCCUGAUCCGAGUUAACUCGCUCUCGCCUGGCUAUAUCCGCACAGCGGCGACGGAGGAGGCUCUUCAGAAGCCUGGUUUGGAAUCUCAGUGGAUUGGGGAUAACAUGUUGUAUCGGCUGAGCACAGCUGAUGAGUUCCGGGCCCCGGUGCUCUUUAUGUUGGGCGAUGGGAGCAGCUUCAUGACUGGGUCGGAUCUGCGAGUGGAUGGUGGACACUGCGCAUGGUAG